CUCGCUGUUUGACAUUCAGCACCUGCUGCCGUCCAACCUCCGACCCCUUUGUCGGGACUGCUCAGUACCUGGAGCUGGAAGUGUGUCACCAGUACUGAUGAAGCCCUCACUGCUGCUGCUGUCUCACCUCUGCUUGUUCAGCUUCAUGCCUCCCUCGUGGGCAUCAGACUCAGCACAAGGUGCCUCCAGCCUCACUUGUUGGUAUGACUCACGGGCGGCUCUCUUCUGCGACUGGGACCCGGGCAGGGACCUGGCUGAAGCACCAUGCCAGCUGGAGAUUUUAUCAAAGAAAGGCUUUUGUGACAGCUUACUGGAGUUAUAUCCCUCACCUGAAAAACGCAAGAAGCACUGCAAAUUACCCAAGGCAGAGGAUAUGACAGGACUGAGGAGAUGCAUCAAAACCUUCAACCAAAAUGUUAAUAAUCAGUGCUUCACCAUUUCAGACCGUCUUAACUUGUCUGUCCACUGCCACACUGGAGAGAAUAAAACCAUAAUACCUGAGCAAAUAAAAAACUUCAAUCCAUUUGAAAAUAUAAAGCUGAGGCCUCCAGGAGACCUUCAGCUGGUUAACAUAACUGAAAACACCUCCAACCUAACAUGGAGCCUGAAUAUUUCCUCUCACUAUUUGCAUGGGAUGCGGGAGUACCAAGUGCGGUACCGACAUGUGAGUCAGUCCUGGGAGGAGGCUGCAAACUUGCCCAUUGAACAGGACCAGAUGUGGACAAAUUUUGAGAGACUCUCUCCCAACUCAAAAUAUGAGGCAUCUGUCCGUGCAAGGCCAAGUGCCAGAAGCGCCUACAAAGGCGUAUGGAGUGACUGGAGCAAGCCAGUCCUGUGGAGGACACAUGCUGACCAUAAGGGAACAUCCCAGCCAGUCCUGCCAGUUCUGAUAGUGAGCACUUUCAUCUUUGUGAUCAUUGGGACUGCUUUCCUCAUUAACUUACGGACCCUGAAAUGGUUUAAGAAGAUCCUGAAGAUUCACAUCCCAGACCCUGAAAAGUUUUUUCCCCCACUCGUUUCAGUUCAUGGAGGUGACAUUCAGAAAUGGCUUUCCUCCCCAUUCUCCACAUCUUCCUACUGCGUGAACAGCACAAUCCCAGAGAUCUCCAUACUCGAGGUGAUGCAGAAGAAUGACCAGGAAUCCCGGUUUCUACUUUCCAAGGGAACCCUGACUCCUGAUCCUCCCACAGAAACCAGUGUGCACUCUGGAUCCAGCUGCUUCACCAACCAAGGCUACUUCUUCUUCCACCUUUCCAACUCCUUUGAGAUUGAGCCCUGCCAGGUCUACUUCACCUAUGAACCUUUCAGCCAGGAGGUCAGCGGCAGCAAGGAUGGUGACUGCUACCAGGCUCUCCCCUCUCCAGACCUCUGCACACUGGCAGAGGACGUGAAUGUGUUGCCCAACAACUUCUUUCACUGUAUCGAGGGAACCCAGGGCUUCCAAAAGGGCUCCUUCACGGAAGAGACAGCAGGUGAAGCCCAACAGGCCAUGGCUGCUCCUGGGGCUCUCCAGUCGAGUGGAGGCACUUCACCAACACCGGUUCUGGAACAGGAUGAGAAGGUGAUGGACAAAGCAGCUUCACAACCAGCUGAGGCCAUGUGCCAGCUGGACACCGACUUUCCUGACCCACGGGACCUGCAGGACAGUGAUACUGUCAGUGUAAUGGAGGGGAGUGAGAAGGGGGGGCCUCCAGCUGACCCCUGUACACCAGCAGCCAAUGCUUCCUUCUCCCAGCCUCCACCUCCAGCACAGAGACAGGAUGAGCAGCCGUGCAAAACAGCCUUCUCCAACAAGGUCCCAAGCACUGGAGCCUACCUUUCUCUGAGGGACCUCCAAAGCCAGUACAGCCAUUGCUCUGUCCAGGAUCUGCCUGGAGGAGACCCACAGGUGGGAAAGGCCACCUCUGCAGGGAAGGCUAGAUAGAUGGACAGUUUCUGUCCUCAGGACACGAA